AUGCCAACAUCAAGUGUUCCCGACACAGUUGUGCCUACACUGAGUGUUGCUGGUGUUGUCAUGCCUUUGCCAAGCAUUCCUGCAAUAAGCGUCUCUACAUCUGAUGUUGCCAGCACCAAUGACGUAGCUCUGCACAGACAAUCUGCUACGGAGGCUCCCUCUGCCGACAACAACGGAAUCGUGACAGAUUCUACCCUAGACUGCCGCCGAGCAGGCGCGUUAGCUGAACGCAGCAUGGAUUUCGAUGUGGUGCUGCCGUCUAUGAUCGGUGGAGAGCGGCAGCAGCUGAGCACUAUUAAUCUCGGUGACCUUGAGGAGGACAGCUGCGGUGUCGGCGCAUCUCGCGACGGCACGGCAGCGCCCUCUGGUUGUUGUAGAACCCUGCCAGAGACAGCCGUCGAGACAUCCAGCCUCCAGCAGCCUCUACGUGCUGCCCAUGCCACUUCUCAGAAGCUUGAUCCCGCUGCUGGUUACUGCAGCCACGGUAGAAGCAGUGAGGACACCCGGCCAUCAAUAACGGUUGAUUUGUCAGGAGCGCUGCUAACAGCAAGCUUGGAGAGAAUGUCCACGGCACCUAGCGGCAGUGGUAAGAAUGGUUUGGAGCGGUCGCCGAAAGAAAGAUUUCUGCAGAGUCUUUAUCUGAGCCCGAGGACUCUCAGAGCGAUGGCAGCUGCCAAGCGUAAUGACAUGAGAUCAAGGGGGAUGAUGGAGGAUGGAACGGCAUCAGGCGUGGCAGCGGUGCAUGGGACAGCGUCAUCUACGAUCAGCGUCGUUCAAGUGAACAGCUGUGGUGUGUCCGGCCCUGCUGUGACACACGGCGACCACCACGAAGCAACGCAGCGCCACCUGUGUGACGCCACCUGUGUUCUACCCAACCCUGCACCUCAGCGCCACCUGCGUAAGCUAUCCAACCCUGCAACGCAGCGCCACCUGUGUGAGUUCGACGCCGCUUCGAGCGACACCUCCUACAUCGAUCGCGUGAUUGGCUGCCCCCGCCGCACGGCAGCGCCAGCAGAUGGCACCACCAUCCACGAUGAACCAAUCACGUCGAGUCAGCUGACGGGGCAGUCGCCGUCAACCCCCUGGUGGCACACGCCCCCGAGUUGCACGACGGACAACAUACUGAGUCUGAACAGCCCCCGGCGCCCCCGCAUUCUUUCGCGCACCCCGCGGCGCCAUCUGGCGGCCAGUACGCCGUCCAGUGUCUCCAAGCAGCUUCGGUUUGGCAAUAUCGGCUCUGGUUUGGGAGCUGCUAGUGUCCGUGAUGCGCUUGCAGGGGGCGCUAGUGUCGGCGACAAACCUACAGGUGGCGUUGGCAUCUGUGUCCCACGUACAGCGGGUGCUGGUGUUGACGUCCCACCUACAGGUCCUGGAGACGCUAGCGUUUGUGUCACCGCUACAGGUGACUCUAGUAUCAGUGUCACAUCUGCAGGUGACUCUAGUGUCACCGUCAUCGAUACAGGUGACUCUAGUGUCACCGUCAUCGAUACAGGAGGGGCUAGUAUCAGCGUCACCCCUGAGAGGAAUCCUGCUCAGCUAUGUGCAGACAUCACUACCACCACUCAUGUGUCCAGAAAUAGGAUACUUAGCUGCCAGGUGGGGCCACUAGAUGGAGCCUGCAUUCAAGAGCCAAUCCAGACGAAUCCAGCAUCAGGCAUCCCUGUACAAGGCUGCCAACAACUAACAACACAGGCCAACAUGUCCAUUCAACCACCACUUCAGCAGGAACAGCUAGUUUCGUCAGGUCAUAGGGAGGGCACAAAUACAGUGCUGGAUUUUAUAGGGGGAGCUCACGCCGACAAUGCUACUCCAAAGCCAUCGGAUGGUGCCUGGUUGCAACUUGUGUCCGGGCUUUCCGUUCUGCCUCAAAGUGCCUCGGUGAUGACAUCGUACAGUAAUGAGCUGCCGGGAAUGGCACUACUGGCAUCCGCUUGCUAUCCCUGUCCUCCGUCCGUGGAUACACAAGUGCUGCCACCUAGUGUCACAACAGAACAGCUGACAAUUGAGCAUGGCGGUGUCUCAUCAUCUGCUAGACAGUUUGGCACGCACGUGCUGCCACCUGCCGGUGACGAGGUUUUGGGCAGACACGGUCACGGUGAAGCUAACGAAGUGGAUCUACUGGUAGGCGCGGCUAGGACACCACAGAAGACAGGAAGCCGGAUGCUGCAAUAUCUCACCUGGUCACCAGGGUUCGGAAAGUCCGUACCAGCAGCUGCAGUUAUGAGUUCACCAAAAAGUGCAAUAUCAGAAACGACAACAGCAGCAGCAACAACUAAAACGACAAGAAGACGAGCAGCAAAAAUAAAACCAGCAGCAGCAACGUCGGUUAAACGCAAAAAGGUCGAAACACGCGUGAAAACUAGUCGAAAGGCAUCAGGAUGCGUUGCGAGACAGCAUAACACUGAAGCAGUUGUGCCUAUUACAGUACCUCGUGCGAUGCAGCGACGUGUACAUCCGAUCCUGCCACGCAUCUCUAUGCCCCUGCAGCUUUCAAUGCCAAUCGUUAUGGCACCUACCCUGCAGGUGUUACCAGCAGCACACCUGUAUCGUGCACCCAUAACACCUGCUUUCUUACCACAGCCAGUUGCAGUGGAGACCACAAUGCCGCGGGUCUCCAGCGCUCAGAAGACAACACGUCCGUUUCGCGACAUGAGUUGCCGUCGUGAACCCAGAGCCAGUAGGAGGCGUUCCACUCCCGCCACGCCGUCCGGCACGAGUAGGCGCGCCACCAAACACGCCGAGUUACCUCCCGCAGCGAUGCCGGCAGGUGGCGCUUCAUCGCAUGACACGAGUGGUGGCACCGCCGCCCUUGUCGGGUCACCCUCAGCGGCGAGCCAGGCACGCGGCGGCGCUCCGCCGAGCAUGCCAAGUCUGGACGAAGAAUCUCAGGCGCAGCUGCCGCUUGACGUUGUCUUUCAGUUGUUCGGCUUGUCUCCUGUUAAGCCAUCGACAGCAGAGACAGAUGACGCUCGUAUAUCGACGACAUCGUCAGAAACGUUGAAACCAUCGACGGCAGACGCCGGCGACAAGUCUAUAUCAGUGACGUCAUCAGAAACGCCAGGCUCAGCAACUAUGCUGACUUCAUCCAGAACGACAUGUUCAGCAACUAUGGCUGACGUCCCAGAACGUGUGAAAGUUUUCUUACAGGUGACAGCCGUCAUCAAGAAUAAAGUGCCACCUCGUGGGGAAACGGGCUGCUGCUAG